AUGUAUAGGUUAGAAGAGAAUUACGAGAUAGCGGAAGGUGUAUGUAUACCACGGAGUACACUAUAUGUUCAUUACUUGGAUUAUUGCGAGAAGCAUGAUACCCAGCCUGUCAACGCUGCCAGUUUUGGAAAGAUCAUAAGGCAGCAGUUCCCUCAGCUGACAACUAGACGCUUGGGCACUCGGGGUCAGUCAAAGUAUCACUAUUAUGGCAUAGGUGUGAGAGAAACAUCUAAAUAUUAUGAAGUGGGAUUUUCGGCAAAAGGUGUGCAGAGUUCUGCUGAUGGUAAAAAAGACACAACAAAACAGAUAAUUGCAUACUCACCGCGUUCUAAGUUAGGAACUUUACUUCCGGACUUUCCGGAUAUAAAAGACAUCAAACUUCCCCCAAAUGUUGCCGAGGAUAAGGUUUUAACAUUUCUGAUGAUGUACAGAACACAUUGUCAAAGGAUACUAGACACUGUGAUACGUGCAAAUUUUGAUGAGGUACAAAGUUUUUUACUGCAUUUCUGGCAAGGCAUGCCAACUCACAUUAAAUCUAUUCUGGAAAGCAAGAUACUGGUCACGUUGGUUGGAGUGUGUGAUUCGAUACUCUACAGGGCUAUUGCCAACGUCCUGAUGCCGACCGUGUUGCAGCCUUUACCCGAAAGUUUAACUCAGGUUAUUCGGAACUUCUCGGUUCAGCUUGAUGACUGGCUACGCCAAGCUUUAGAUUCUCUCCCAGACAGUUUACAAAGAGUGAAAUUUGAUCUCGCAAGGCGAUUUUCACAGGUUCUAAAGAGGCAGACGUCACUAAACCAUUUAUGCCAGGCGGCAAGAACGGUGAUAAAUUCGGCGGAAAUUACGUCACAGAUGCUAGACGAUUGGUUCAACGUGGAUCUCAACAGCAUAAUCAAACAGACGCUUUAUACUACCGAGAGUAGUAACAGUAUUGACAAUAUCGUUAUUGUCAAACUCGCUCGAGAUUUUGAAAUUUUACUAGAAGAACAGGCUCCAUUAGAAUCCUAUAUUGAAUGGCUGGACGGAAUGAUUGAACAAUGUGUGUCGAAGAAAUGCAGACAGAAGGGUGAGGCAACACCUCGGGUAGCCAGACAGUUCUUGUUGAUGUGGAGUUGUGUCGGAACACGUGUUAUACGGGACAUGACAUUACACAGUGCACCAAGCUUCGGUUCGUUCCAUUUGUUACAUUUGAUGUUUGAUGAAUAUGUGCUGUACAUGGUAGAAGAUAUUCACAAUCAUGACAAAGCUAAUGAUUUGUUACGAGCUGUUAAAGGAGAAAUAUCUAUGGAUAUCUUAGACGAUCUUCUCAUCUCGCCACAGCAGUCUUGCAAAAGCAGCGUCUUGGGAGAUGUCAUGGACACACAACGAACAACAGUUAUACGGGGACCUGAAUCACCAUAUGCAAAUACAGAUAUGGAAGAGAGUCCGGCUUACUAUUCCCAGAAUGACACUAUGUGUUUUCAACAACCUGUUAUGUGUACAAAUCAGAGAUUAUUAAGUCCACCUGGACCCCCAUUGAAUCAAUCUCUUCCGUUUGGAAAUGCUUAUUCAUCACCUUGUCGACAAAGAGGUAACUCAUAUUACGGACUUUAUUCGUCACAUUUACCGGAAGUAAUUCCAACCAAUAAUUCCGCGGCUAAUUCUUACGACUGUAGUGAUUGGUCAACAGUCGGGCAAUUAGGAUCACACGGAUCAACAAACAUGGCGGCAGGAAGCAAAAGUCUUACAGAUUCAGUUGUUGCUAUGAAACAAAGUAAUACAAUGGAUAUACAGACUGUUCAACUUCAAACAGAACCGCGAAUCAACACCAGUCAAUAUUAUAGUGGGUUUUGUACUGAGCAAACAGGUGUUAAGAGGUGUUUAACUGGAAAUCAAACCUAUAAUAGAAGAUGCUUAGAAGAUGAAAGUAUUAGACCAAAUAUGGCGGACAUGUACUAUCAUCACGUGACAAAUUUAUUGUGAUUUUUCGACCUACCAUACAUGUUAGUAAGUGCGAGUAAUGAUUUUCUAGGACGUAUGGCUUGGUAUUUGGUAUUGAUUGUAGUUCAAUAGAAAGAUGUUUUCGUUAUAUCUCGUUUAUUUAUUUGUACAUUAUCUUGACAAAAUAAAUAUAUAAUAAAACAUGUAUUAUAACUCUUGUUAACAAUAAACAAUGACACUACGACAAAUUCAUUAAAAACAGCUGUACUUAACAAACUCCUUUUGUACUCAGAUAUACAUACAUAUAACUACAACUUGUAGUUCAGUUUAAAAUGGCACUCUAAUUAGCUUCUGAAGAAAACAAAAAGACCUCAACAUUCGUUCAAUUUAUACAAGUCUCUGCUUAAUUAUAUCGCAUAAGAGCGAAACUAAUGAUAAAAUAUAAAUUUAUAAUGUUAUAAACACAAUAUUUAAGAUAAAAAAGAAAAAUAUCCAAUAAACGAGCUGAAAAAAAACUACAACUACAACAACAACCAAUAAAAUUAAUAAUAAUAAGCAAUAAUCAAAGUAUUGCUGGCACUAGAAAAGUCCACUACAAGUUUGAACACCACAAGAUAUUUUAGAUUUUAUGAAACUGUUCAGGUGUUAUCUGUAACAUCGUGCGUUAAGUUUCCUUGCCUAAUAAUAAAAUUAUGUUUAUCUUGGGGUUGGAACCCCAUAUGGAUCUCAAAAUAAAAAAAUAUGUGAAUUUUCGCUCAUCCAGAUAUGCGCAAUAACUCGAUAUGUGAAGGAGAAAAUAGGUCAAUCUCAGGGUAAUUUUUCAAUUUUUUUAACAUUUAUAUAAAAUUCAACGAUUUUUUAAAGUUUUCGUGGAGAUAUUCUUUCCUUCCCGGUUCUGGUGUGCACAAAACAUGAAAUGCAUAUAACGAAAAUGUCGCUAGCCCUGUGUGAUAGCUCUAACACUAAGAGUUCCUACACUGUGAAAGACCUUUAUCACUGUGCAAUAGCUUAAAUAAUGUGCAACAGCUCAAGCACCUAGCUAGAUCCCAAAAAGUGUGGUUAAAAGCUUUAGCACCUGUGUGAUAGUUCAAUGAUUUACAGUAGCUAAAACACUCCGCAAUCGCUCUAAAACUUUGCGAAAGUUCUUUCAGUGUGUAAGAGCUCUCUUGCUGUAGAAGCAGUAGCUCAAGUUCUAACACUGUGACAUAGAUCUUACACUGAGUUAUAACAUAUUAAGUAAAGCAAUAUUCUAGUCAUAAAAUAAGUAACAUACAUGCACGUCAUUUAUUAUAGUUUUACAAAGAAAUAAUUCCGUGUGCCUAUUCACGUGGGGGGUCACGUGACUUUGUAUAGUAAUAUAAACGAGUAAUGGCGACUUCUGAGGUCCUAAACGUGUCCUCAUGUCACACUAGACCUGGCCUAUCAUAUGCACGGUCUCGUGUGACUUACUAAAGCUGCAUUUGCAAUUUUCACAUAAUUCAAACAAUGUUCUCGAAAAGCCUAAAACAUAGAACAAUGCACUUUUUAUAUUUAAAGAAAAUUACCGUGCAUAUAAUGGGUCAAGUCUAGUUUUGAUAUAGAAAACGUUUCUCACCUGUAAUUAAAAAAUAAUAAUGAACUUACCGAGGCCCAGAAGUCGCUAUUACUCGUUUGUAUUACUAAACAAAGUCAAGUGACCCCCUCCCCCUUCCCUUCCGCUAUAGUCUCAAUAAUUUAUUGCGAAUCUCUGUUCUAUUGC